UUAUUUCCUGGAGAGAUGGUUUCCGUGGUAACGGGGUUAUCCAGAAGAGGAGGUCCUGGAAACAGGAUGCAGUUCACGACACUGCCACUCUGUACCAUGGCUGCUGUUUUCUACCUGUACCAGAAAACUGAUAGAUAAACAUUUACAUUUAUAUCAAUAAUAGUUUUCACAAGAGGAAUAUGGCGCGAUCAGAUUAAAAAUACGAGGACCUAAUUUAUCUUAAAAUCUAUGCGUUUUUAAAAAAGUCAAGGCACCUCGCUCCAAUUUUAAACCUAAAUACAAAAUACAAUGUCAACAGUGUCUCAUAAUUGUUGCUGCUUUAAAAACUAACACAGCUGGUAUUUAUUAACGCGAAAUAUAGCAUUUUAGAUUUUGAAACGCUUUGUUUCCAUUAGAUCGAUUUUAAGAUUACCCUUUUUUUUUUUUUUUAAAGACAUUUUUAUGUUUUUGUUUCUUAUGCACAGGCAGUAUUCUGUUUUCAUAUAGCUCAAUACUUACUAGUAAGUUAUCUUUACAGCGAACAAAACAACGCAAAAUGGACGAUUUUAGCUCAAUCAGUCUGCUUUCGUUGGCUAUGCUGGUGGGGUGCUACGUUUCUGGGACCAUUCCUUUGGCUUUCAACUUUUCAGAGGAGAAGCUGAAGCUUGUGACUGUGCUGGGAGCAGGGCUGCUAUGUGGUACUGCUCUGGCUGUUAUCAUACCUGAAGGCGUGCAUGUACUUUACGAGGACAUUCUGGGAGAGAAGCAUGAAUCUGCGAGUGAGGGGCAGGGGGUGGAGACUGGGGAGACUGUGGUGAAGGAUGUCCUGGGGGCUGCAGUGGCAGGGGGACAUGAGCACAGCCACAGCCACGACCACGCUCAGCUGCACGCAUACAUCGGGGUCUCGCUGGUGCUCGGCUUCGUCUUCAUGCUGCUGGUGGACCAGAUCGGCAGCUCACACGUGCACGCCACCGAGGAUCCAGAGGGAGGGAGAGCAGCCAACUCUAAAAUCACCACCACUCUGGGGCUGGUUGUUCACGCUGCAGCGGACGGUGUGGCUCUGGGAGCUGCAGCCUCCACCUCUCAGACCAGUGUUCAGCUCAUCGUGUUCGUCGCCAUCAUGCUGCACAAGGCUCCAGCUGCUUUCGGGCUGGUCUCGUUCCUGAUGCACGCUGGACUAGAACGCAAUCGAAUCCGGAGACAUUUGCUGGUGUUCGCCCUGGCGGCCCCUGUACUCUCCAUGCUCACAUUCCUUGGACUCAGCCAGAGCAGUAAGGAGGCUCUCUCAGAGGUCAAUGCCACUGGAGUGGCCAUGCUGUUUUCUGCCGGCACCUUCCUGUAUGUCGCCACGGUGCACGUGCUGCCUGAGGUGGGCGGGACCGGGCACAGCCACGCCUCCAACGGCAGUGGGGGAAAGGGACUGAGCAGAGUGGAGGUCGUCGCCCUGGUGGUGGGAUGUCUCAUUCCACUAGUGCUCUCAAUAGGGCACCAACAUUAAAACAGGGCUAUUAUUAAUGGUAUUAAUGUUAACAGGACUGAGCUUUGUGAAGGUCACAGUGACCUCUCCUGCAGAGGCAAGACCUAACACAAAAGGAGUGUAUACAAAACAAUGUGUAGAUAGUGUAAACAGAAUGAGAUUCAGUAACAAUAAAAAUCUUUCUAUGAAGCGAGAGGGUGGAUAAAAAGCACUUUCUUACGUGCGUGGGUGUCCUGUUGUGGGAACAGAACAUUUUAAUUAUGUUUUUUUUUUUUUUUUUUUUUUUUUUUACCUUGUUUGAUAAUAGGAUUGAGAAAGGGGGAAGAUGGGCAAGUGUUUGUUUGAAGCAAAUGUGGUAUUAGGAACGUUUUACUUAAGGGACCAUUUUGCAAGUCUAUCUAUUUAAACCCAGAACCUAUAGAACUUAAUUGACAAUCCUUUGAUAUACAGUAUGCUGGGGCUGACACAGUCAAGUAUGGCAAACUGUUUUUUUGUGUUCUGUGUAUGUCUUGCUGUUUUUGGUAUGAAGAAUGGCCCAAAAACGUUUAUAAACUGUAGCCAAAUUGACAUUGUACAGGCCGCUCCGAUUUUGACUAAAGCUAGUGUUUUAUUCUGAUAAGUUAACUGUAUGUAACUGGUUAAAUCAAGGGGAUAAUUUCUAAACAGAUAAUUUAAGAGCUGAGGAAGGCAGUGUGGCUGCUUGCUGUGAGCUCUAGGCUGAGCAAGGACUCUCAGCAAGGACCUUUUCAAAGCACAACCACCAACUUUUCAGUUUUAGAGUACAGUAUGCAUUUUAAUAAUAAUAAAUGUGUUUUCUUAUUGAUACUAUUUUAUGUUCUGUAACAUUUCAUGUCACAUUUCCAGUUGUUCGUAGCUGUACAGAGCUGCAGUCUCAGUUUCUCAUUGCAGGUUGCUAUGAUGCUGUUAUUGUUUAAAGCGGGUUCUCAACCUUUUUUGAAUCAUGCCCUACCUUAGCAUUUUUUUUUCACUUGGAGGCCCCCCCCCCCCCGCCAGUCAAAAUACAGAGAAUUAUAAAUCGCAUAUCAGAAAUCAACCAAUCACAGUGAAAUAUUUGCCAAAAUUCCAGUCUGUCUCAUCCUGUGCAUGGAACAUCACCAAUGUUCAAAAUUCCAAGCAAAAAAACACAUACCUGGUAUCUUUUUGGUAAAUUUUGAUUAACUUGACACUAGUUUCUCUGAAGAAAAUAUUACCAAAAUUGUUUAACAACACGUUUUUCUGGCUGCAGCUCUAUUUUUAAUAAGUAGUCUAUUAACAAGUACAUCACCACAGACGCCACACUGAGGAUGAGGCUGAACUUUUUUUUUAUUUCAAGACGGUGAUGCUCCACAAACCAAUCCAUUUUAUAUACUGAACAAGGGUGCAAUGCAGCAGGCGCCCCACAGGGUGUGCUCACCACCAUUUGAGAACCGCUGGUUUAAAAAAACUCCUGUAUUGUUUUUCGAUUGUUCAGCCCCUGCCUUGGUUUUGUAUUGAAGUGUUUGUCGCUAACAAAAUAAUUCUGUAAACCAGUGGCACACUUUCAUUUGCUACAUCGGUCUCCAACUAAGCAGUUUUAAAUGUAUUUUAAUUAAAACUACUGGUUUAGCACUAGGUUUAAGAAAGUUCUCAGUUUCAUUGCCUUGCUCUCAAGAAGUUAUUGUUUCACUUCCUAUGUCAUUUCAUCUCUGCAGUGUCUCCUAAGCAUGUCAGACAGUAUGGGAACGGCUAGUUUGUUAAUGACAGGAAAGAAGCUGUUGAAGGUUUUGGGACAAUGUGACCCAGGAAGUGCAACACUAUCUAAAAGCAGUGCUUGCGAUCAGAUUUAUUAAGCGUAGUGUCAGAUAAGUUUUAAAAUCAAAAUCCAGUGCUUCCCUUUCAUAAGGCACCCUUUAUACCGCGGAACAGGUUUAAGGCGGCCUGGUUGUAGCUCCAGAAUGCCAUUGCGCUAAUACUUUCAUUCUGUUUAUAUGACAACACAAAUAGCACGCUCUUGUAACUAUGGCUGUCGCGUAAUAAAGGGGAAGCGCUGUACAUGUUUUCUAGAAUGUGUUUCUUUCAAAACUGCACAUUUGAGACCGAUGUAAUGAAUCACUGCGCACAGCAGGUACAGGGUAUGAAAUGAUUUGGUGAGCUACAUCGACUUUAACAUUGGUUAUGAUACUAAAUGUUGCUCAAAGCACAUACACUGUACAUAACAAAUAGGUUUCGCCAAUUAUGUACUGAAAAUAAAGCCACUGCUAUAUGUAACAAAUGGUGUACAAUAAUAAAUGAAGAUGCAAGCUUUUUAA